UCGUGACGAACUGACCACGGUGCGAGAGUGGAGUGUACUCAUGUUCAGGACGUUCAUAUUAAUAUUUCAGCAGUGGCGCUGACAUAGGCAUAUCCCCCGGUUGCAACCUGGAGCAAGCCAUACAAGGCCAAAGGGGCGAGUGUAGUGGACGGUGGUCAAGCGGAGCGGACGGCGUUGUUUGGGGGAGGGUCAGCAUGGAUUCCCCGUCUCUGUCACGGGAUACAUCGGGGGACACCGACAGCAGCUCUACCGACGGGUCGACCUCGGGGGGAAGCAUCAGGCGGAAAGGCGUCCCAUACAUUCCAAGUUACAUGGACCUGACCAAUGGACCCGAGCCAUGCGUGGUGUGUUCCGACGCGGCUACCGGCUACCACUACCGAUGUAUGACCUGUGAAGGGUGCAAGGGCUUUUUUCGACGAACUAUUCAGAAGAAUUUGAAAUAUCAUUGUAAAUGGAACGGGAAUUGCGUCAUCGAUAAAACAACACGGAACCAGUGCCAAGAAUGCCGCUUCCAGAAGUGUGUGAGGGUUGGCAUGGCCACUGACUUGGUUCUAAACGAACGACAACGAAAAGCUAAACGGAAACUGAUCGAAGAGAAUCGAGAACGCAGGAAACAGGACCACGUGAAGGGUCUGAGACUGGACACUGCGGACACUGCCCCGGAACAUAUGUCUGACAGGGAUAGGUCGCUCAUAGCAGACAUUUGUGCCGCAUAUGAAGCCACAAGGAUUAAGGCACCAAACGUCCGUUUUCCUAUGCCGGAGUACGAUACCAGUCAGAACUCUGAGGCGGAGGCGUGGCAGCAGUUGGCGGAAGUGAUGACACCGUCUAUCGUCAAAGUUGUAGAGUUCGCCAAAGGAGUGCCAGGUUUCGUAGAGUUAAACGUAGAGGACCAAAUUCUGCUUCUCAAGUCGUGCUGCAUGGAAGUCAUGUGCCUGAGGGCUGCCUGCAGGUUCGAUGCCCAAUCUCAGUCCCUCAUUCUACCCAACGGUUUGACUGUGCACAAAUCGGCCCUCCACAAAGGCUCUCUUGGGGUGCUGGUGGAACCUAUAUUUGAGUUCGCUCUUGGGCUCGCUAAAUUAGAACUUGACCAGACGGAGGUGGCGCUCCUUGCCGCAGUGUUGCUCAUGCAAUCAGAUCGUUCCGGAUUGAAAGAACCCGAAGCCGUAGAAAAAUUGCAAGAUGCCAUUUUGGGAGCAUACAAGCGUUACAUUGCCGAAAAUCGACCGCACCAACCAGUUCACUGGGCCAAAGUCCUGAUGAAGGUCACUGAUCUACGUACUAUCAGCACUAGGCACGCAGAGCGCGUGCUGUGCGUGCGUCUUGAAUCUAAAGGGGAUAUACCACCGAUGUUCUUAGAAAUGUUCCGGGAAAAUGAUACCGACAAAUCCUGACAGGCAUGCCACUCUGUCGGCCUCUGGGUCAUGUUACAGUAUUAGUGAAUUUGGACAUUGGAUUCGAACCAGGGAGUUCGGAGUAGAAUAGUGCAUCGAGGACCAAGUCCCGCCGGAGUGCUGAUGAAGUGACUGUGAUGAAGAAGACAUCUAUUUCAACAUCCAAUGUAUGAGUAAGGACACUGUCAACCUGCUUUAACACCCAUCCGCCGAUAUUGUACACUAUGAUAAACAGUCCUACAUAUCAGGUGUAGUCGCCCUGAAUGCUAUAGUCCUCGCCACUUGAAAUACUUAUACUUAUAAAGUGAAAACAAGCCUUUCAGCCGAUAAGGAAUAGUACUUACAGUAACCCGUCUUAUUGACACUGAGCUCCUAAAUGACACUUAAGGAUGCUUCAAAAUGAUCUCGCAUAUCCCAUGUUGGCUUCCCCGUAUACUUGUGCUGACACAAAUGCGCUACAAGGCAUAAUACAUCGGGUAAAAUAGUCGCUUCUGCAGAUACUUGCACGGAUUUAUUGAUAUCAUUCCACCGAGGGCCAAGGGUACUGCCUUCACGUUGUUUCCAAAGACAUUGUUGACUAGGGCAGUUUAUAUAUUCUUGUGGAAGCUGUUGCGCCUCUGAACGUAUAAACACACAGGGACGUGAACGAGACAAUCAGUUGCUUACAGGACACUGCCCAUUGUGGGAGAGUUGUUUUGCCAAUGUGAACCUAAGUCGACGACUGCAACAGCGAUCAAUAUAUAUGCGUGAAAUUUGCGUGUGUGACUUCAAUUAACAAAUAAACCACACACACUGCUGUAAACCCACGGUGCUUAGCUCCCUUGGUGCUAACCAUAAAUAAUUGCCAUAAUAUACAAUCCCGGUUCAUUGUCAAUGCCUUCUACAGGUUAUAGUACUUACUAAGAAGAGAAUCUGUCUUGUGCCUACACGAGGGAUCAACUUUGUUACGUCCUCUCAUAGACGCAUUUCCUAUGCUGUUAUAAUUAUUAUAGAAAUUUGCAUAUUGAAAAUGUAUUUAUUUCCGUGAUGUUCUUUCAUUCAUUGUAGUGUUGAUGUGGUAGUCAUUUGGGUUACCACCCGACUAUACAACACACCUACCUCAUGUGUAUAGAGUUUGUAAAAAUUCUUUGGUUCAUAGCUGUUAAUAUGCUAGUCAGAGGUUGAAUGUCACGUAUUCAUUCCCAACUUGCCUGUGAUUAUGUAGUCCGUCUUCUCUGCUUAACAUUUCCACGCUUUCGUUCCCAGUAAUAACAAUCUGCUAACAAUUAUCUAUGCAUGAGGCACUAAUCUAUUACUGAACAAAACAUGUUUAGGAUCAUGAAUAUUUGGGGAAUAUGAUUUUGUAGUAAAGAUUGAGCACAGUUUCACAAAUAACAUCCCUAAAAUUGUCAUGAUCUCUCACGUUUUUUGUGAAGUAUGUACAUGUCAAGUCAGGACCUUUUUUAUUUGUUUCAAAUUCAACCUUUGUAUAAUAUGGUCGAAUUUGUUUCAAAUACUGGUACUUUUUGUGGGCAGGGUAUUUCAAUACCGAUAGCAAGUACUUGACCUUUUUCAGCUUUCAAGUAACGUAGUCGCUUCAUUAACUCCUCGGUAUACUGGUGUAUUUGCCGAGGUGUAGCACAUGUUCUGGGCACAGAGUACUGUCACGAAGGAGAAGUGAGUUCCCGGUACUGCGAGUGUGAACAUAACAUGUUUGUAACAUUACUUAUUGGAGCAAAGAUGGAGAUUUUGUCGUAUCAAAAUAUUGAACUCAAUAGUGGUGAAUAAUUAUGAUGUAAAUUUGAAUGAGAUCCGGUGUAUCACGUGAUAGCUAGGCCACAAUCGUUACCCUCUUUACUGCGUUGGGGUUAGAACGUCCCCGGUGUGUGUAUGGAACACUGUCCACUGUGCCACCUUUGCCAUAGAGAUGUUUUAAGGAACGUCACGUGACCGGUGUUGAAAUAAUUUGUUCUAUGUGAACAUAAAAUCUCGGUGUGGUGACAAAAUAUUAAAAGAUAUUUUACAUCUUAUUACCUGUAUAUAUGAUGCAUAUAUUACUGUUUAUUUUAUCGACGGGAUUCUAUCGCUGAUUAUUUAUUCAUAUUUGCAAAUACGUCUAUUGUCCGUGUAUUCACUUAAUAUAUGUCGUCCCUAUCAGUAGUUUCAUACGACCAGGACUUUGUUCUGUGUGUUUACCUUCAAACACCAGCCGCCACAAAGCAAGGACCUUGAUCGGGAAAUGUGCUUUUGCCAAGUAUAUGUUUUCUAUUUUUGUUUAUAAUGAGUUAGAGUCAAUGCGAUGACACUGUUGUCUUUUUUCAAGUGCUUGCAAACGACAGCUUGUCUUUGUUCCUCCAACUCACAUCGUGUUCAAUGUUUCACAAAAGAUGUGACACACUGACGUCAUUAUAGAUGCAGCCAAACCUGCUCAUCACCUCCCGAAGGUUUUCGACUGUUGUUAAGGGAAAACACAAAUUCAAGUUAUUGUCCGUUUUUCUUCCUCUUUUAUUGCUAGUGCACUGUUGUUUGUUGAUUGUUUAGAGUGUUUGUCUGUGGUGAGCUUCAGAUGUGUGUAUGGAUUUCAUCUCCAUUGAUCGGAAACAGCUGCGUUUUGGAUCCAGACAACAGCAGAAGGAUCGAGAAUUCCAAUGCAAUUGGUAUGACUAUAGAACGGAUGUGGUCUGCAUCGAGGUUGGCUUCGGCGCAAGACUGUAUUUAUACAAUAAAUCACAUUUAUGUUG